GUCAGAAAAGAGCAAUCUUUACUCCAAAAUCAAGUUGUGUGGAUCGACCAAUAUGGUAGAUGAACAAGAUGGGUUGCUGCCAAUUGCAAACGUGGGUCGAAUCAUGAAGCAAAUUCUUCCCCAAAGAGCCAAAAUUUCCAAGGAAGCCAAACAAACAAUGCAAGAGUGUGCAACUGAGUUUCUAAGUUUUGUGACGGCUGAGGCGUCUGACAAGUGUCACAAGGAGAAUCGCAAGACCGUGAAUGGAGAUGACAUCUGUUGGGCUCUGAGUGCUCUAGGUUUUGAUAACUAUGCCCAGGCUACUAUAAGGUACUUGCAUAAAUAUAGGGAAGCUGAGAGAGACAAAGCUGCCGCAAAUGCUAACAACAACAACCAAAACAAAGCAGCAGAUAUUAUAAUCAUGAGCAGCGGCCAAGAGAUGAACGAUGUCGGAGAUCGACCCGCAAGUAUCUACAUGGCAAGUCAACAAGGCCUGCAGGUAGGGGAGCAAACCCAAACUCCAGAUUUGGAGUUUCGGAUGCUUGAGAAAGGUGACGGCACCAAGCCAUCUGUUGAUCAAGAACAUAAUUAGUUAUCAAAUAAUGUUGGAUAUGAACUGACUUAGUUACUAGUCUGAGGUGAAGUUGUUCUUUCUCCUCAAUAUUUCAUGCUUUCUUUGAUUUCCUUUUGUAUUUUCCGUUUUAUGAGAUGAAACGUAUAUAUAGUUGUGUUUUAAUUA